UGGGACAAGAUGGUAUUUAAUCUAAUUGUUUUUAGCAAUCUUCGACAUUUGCUAGCAAGGAUUUAGUCAGGUACUUGGGCAUACUGUAUUGUUUCGUUGCACCCGGAUGCCAAUGUUUCAUAAAACCCCCACGUCGCAAAGUACCUUUUUUUUCUACGCCGUACAUGCACUUCCAUGUAUCCUGAUCUGACAUUACCGCAGUGCUGGAAAUACUUAGCGACAAUUUUCCUUUGCAGAAAAAAAAAAAACUAGGGAGGAAACCAAAUACUGACUAAAAACCAUCACUCAAUUAUCAAAUUUAACCCUGUAAAAUUACCACAACAAUGGUUAAAUUCUUAUUAAAAGUUUCAGCGACAUUGGAAAGUGUAACUGAUUUUGAGCCAAUUGAUACUCCAGAACUGCCAUUCGAAUAUACUUUUCAAAUUGAAUGUACCAAAUGUCGUACCACACAUGAUAAAGAAAUUGCCAUAAAUAGAUUUGAAAAACAUGAAAUGUCGGGGUCAAGAGGCGAAGCUAGUUUUGUGUUUAGAUGCAAAGAAUGUAAGCAUGAACAUUCAGCAAGUAUUAUAAGGACAGACAAGAAAUUGACUCCUGAUGAUACUAAACCAGUCCCGAUUUUAGAAAUUGAUGCUCGUGGUAUAGAUUUCCAGAAAUUUUUCACCUAUGGAUAUUUCCAAGCUGUCGGGUUAGAAACUGGAACUAAAUUUAAAGAAAUUGAGUUUGACGAAGGAGAAUGGUACGAUGCUGACGAAAAGACAAAUGAACAAGUUUCAAUUGUAGAUUUAAAUUGGGAGAUUUCAAGAAGUUAAGGUGAGAAAGAGGGAAUAGGUAAAUAUUUAUCUAAAAUAAAACAAUCAAAGUAAAAUUUCCAGCUUUUGUAGUCUUGCAUGAAGAUUAAUUUUCUCGUAUAUGGUGAAUAUAACCAUUAAGGUAUU